CUAUAUUAAUUAUUACAGGGUUAAAUAAAUCUUGGCAAAUACCGAUUCAUGAAUGCAAUGGAGGCUGAAUCAAUGUCUUUAUGGUUUCAGCAUCUUUAUUUGGCAUAAGGACACUAGAAAUCUCUACGCUAUCAUUUCUAUCGGAUUUUUAUUCAGUAGAUCAGUCUUAACAGUAGAAAAUUGUUUCUUUAAGGCUAUACCCAAAUCUAUCCUUAAGAAAAUCACAAACAAUACAUUUAUAGACCUUAUUACUUCCUUCGCUUAUCCUAUCUCACCCAAAUCUGAUAUUUUCUCUCUUCUAAAACCCUAUCCCUGCCUUAAGAUCUCCUAAAUCCCCUACUAUUACCAACCCCAAAAC